UCGGAGGGGAGGCCUCGCCUGGCCCACCUUACUCCUGCCCUUCUACCAUGUGGCCCUUCCCAAGCCGCUCGCUCUUUCCGCCCCCAACUCAGGCCUGGCUCCAGACAGUCUCCUCAGACCCGGAGGCCCAGGGCUGGGGGGCCUGGAACGAGACCAAGGAGACUCUGGGGCCAGAGGGUGGGGAAGGGAAGGAGGAGGAAGAGGAGGCAGAGGAAGACCAGGAUGGGGAUGCAGGCUUCCUGUUGUCUCUGCUGGAGCAAGAGAACCUGGCUGAGUGCCCGGCGCCUGACCAGGAGCUGGAGGCCAUCAAGAUGAAGGUGUGUGCCAUGGAGCAGGCCGAGGGGCCGCCAUGGUCUCUGGGAGCACAGCACCAGGCCGAGGAAGAGGAGGGGCUGCCACAGCCUCAGGGAGUGCAGCACCAGGCCGAGGAAGAGGAGGGCACCAUGGCCGGGCAGCUGCUGAGCCCUGAGGCCACGGGCUGCCCCCUCCCUGGGACCCCCGAGGAGAAGGUGGAGGCUGACCACAGAUCUGUCUACGUGGGCAACGUGGACUACGGGGGCUCUGCCGAGGAGCUGGAGGCCCACUUCAGCGGCUGCGGGGAGGUCCACCGAGUCACCAUCCUGUGCGACAAGUUCUCUGGACACCCCAAGGGUUACGCCUACAUAGAGUUUGCCACCAAGGGCUCCGUGCAGGCCGCCGUGGAGCUGGACCAGAGCCUCUUCCGGGGCCGGGUCAUCAAGGUGCUGCCGAAAAGAACCAACUUCCCUGGGAUCAGCUCCACAGACCGCGGGGGCCUUCGAGGACACCCAGGCUCCAGGGGGGCACCGUUCCCCCUCAGCGGCCUCCAGGGCAGGCCCCGGCUCAGACCACGAGGGCAGAACCGGGCCCGUGGAAAAUUCUCACCGUGGUUUUCACCGUAUUAA